GAUGGGGGUAAAUUUGUAAAUAAGCUUCUCUCAAUGUCUGUACUCGUCUUCUUCUCUUCACCGUCUCUCGACGACGGUUGCACUUAAGAUUAUCCGUUAAACCUCUCUGCUUCACAUCUCUCCCUCUCUUCCGCUCGUUAUACGAGAAGAACCCAUUCUCGAGAAAGCUAAUAGCUUCAAACGAUUCUAUCGAAAGAUCUCGAUCAGAUUCUUAUUUUCCCCUCUCCUGCGCAAACCCUAGGGAAGUCAAAGGAUGCGAUGAUGAAGUUUGAUCUCACUCUUCAAUCUUGAUCUUGUGGAACAGGUUUUGUAGGAAGAGGAAAAAUGUCGAGGCCGAUCAUGCUUGUGUUUCUACUGGUUAUACUUAUAGUCACAUCUCAGUUUGAAUGGAGGCAACCGCUGCUUGAGCUUGAUGCUGCUCCUAGCUUGUCUCAGAAACAUCAGCAGAUUGCAAAGAGGGAAGAUGCUGUCAAAGAGAAGAUCAUCUUGUCACAGGAGAGGCAUAUCCAGAGGCUAAAUGAGCUUGUACGAACUCUUCAAAUGCAGUUGCUGCGUUGCAAAGGACAAGAGAACGAGACUCGAAACGCCACUGAAACCUCCCGUCUCAGCAAACAGUUCAUUGAGCUCGAGAGGAAACACAUUGUGGAGGACUAGUUUUCAUCCGUUACAACAACUCUAAUAAAUAACAUGAACUGUACACGUAAAAACUGUAGGGAGAAAUUCUGAAAAAUUCUCUUUUAAAAUUCCAAACUCCAAACUGUUGUAUUUUAUUUCUAUUGUUUGUUAAAAUCUUGCUGAUGAUUUGAUUA